AAAAUCAAAAUGUGUGACGACGACAUUACUUCUUUAGUAAUUGAUAAUGGAUCUAGUAAGUGCAAAGCAGGUUUUGCUGGACACGAUACACCAUGUGCCGGCUUCCCAUCCAUCGUCGGACGUCCCAGAAAUCAAAGCGUCAUGGUCAGCGUGGGCCAAAAGGAUUCGUACGUUGGUAAUGAAGCCCAGAGCGACCACAGAGAUAUACUCUUCUUGAGAUACCCAAUUUAUCAUGGUAUCGUAACAAACUGGGACGACAUGGAAAAGAUCUGGCGCCACAUUUUCGACAAAAAUUUGUGUGUGGCUCCAGAAAAUCAUUCAGUUCUUUUGACCGAAGCGCCAUUAAAUCCAAGAGCUAACCGCCAUGUACAUACAUGCUACAUAGCCAUCCAGGCUGUACUCUCGUUAUACGCCUCCGAACGUACCACAGGUAUCGUUAUGGAUUCUGGAGAUGGUGCAUCUCAUGCUGUCCCAAUCUAUGAAGGUUGCGCCGUCUCCCACGCCAUUCUGAGUCUUGAUUUGGCUGGUCGGGAUUUGACUGAUUACUUCAUAAACCAAUAUCGUUUUGUCUGUCGGUAA